GCGGGCGGACUCGACGCCCCUAGACCGAGAAGGGAUGAUGCGGGUGUUGAGUUCCUGGAGGAACUCAGGGGCUUUGCGGGGGAGGGGAGGCCCAGGGGCUACAGCAACUGCUGACCCUCAGGCUCUGCCCUUCUGCUUCUUGCUUUUUUCUCCUUUCCUGAUGGGCCGGGACGGGAGGCAGGCCAGAGGCUGAGCAUUUGUGACGCCUGCAUUUCCCUGGAGCCCUCCUUCUCUCCCCACCCCAUGUGUUUAUCUCGCCUUCCAGUUCCUUUUUAUCAGGCUGUGGCUUCUCGCGAGGGAAUGCAUUCCACCUGGAAGCAGAAGGCGGGUUUCAGACCUUGGCUGUAUCACUUUUCUGUUAAAGUCCCCGAGCCUCAGUUUCCCCCACAGUAUUUUUGUCUUGUCUCACCUGGUUUUGAAGAUAAGUAUGACACAGAAAGAUAGAGAAGAAAUGAACAUUUGUUGAGUUCCUGCAAGGCCGAGUACUAUGCAAACUGCUUUAUCUGCCACACGUAGUCAUUAUAACUCCCAUUUCACAGAUUCUUAAGCUCACAAAGGUUAACUGAUUUUUCUCACAUAGCCAACGAGUGGCAGAGGAGAAUUCAAAUUGAGCAGUUCAGGUCCAAAGCAGAGUGCUGUCGGACACCUCCUUUGUCUGGGCUAUUGGCUAGAAACCUUUCUCAGCCAAACCCUAACCCCAGAACAGCUGCUUCUUAAAUUCCUCACCUUGAGAAUUCUCAUUUUUCGGUUCCUUUUGCGAGCGCAGCGUGCUCUGCUUCUGCUUCUACGUUGAUGACUUAGAAAUGAAAUGCAGCAAACAUUUAUUGAGUAGAGCAGGGAGAUGAAAACUUGGAGUCAGGAACCUUGGAUUCUUGUCUUGGCUUUGCCACUAACUGGCUGUGUGGCUUUGAGGAAGUCCCUUGUCUUCUUGGUGUUUUAGCUUCCCUUUGAAUAAAAUGGGUAAGUGGUUUCUUGAUGGUAGGCUCUUGUCCAGUUCUUCCUUCCUGUCCUCCAGCAGGCUCUCCGUGGAGGCCCAGACCCCUCUGCUCCCCAUGGGCAGCUGCCAGGCAGGACACAACCUGCAUCUCUGUCUGGCCCAUCACCCACCUCUGGUCUGUGCCACUUUGAUCCUGCUGCUGCUUGGCCUUUCUGGCCUGGGCCUUGGUGGCUUCCUCCUCACCCACAGGACUGGCCUGCGUAGCCCUGACAUCCCUCAGGACUGGGUCUCUUUCUUGAGAUCUUUUGGCCAGGUGACCCUGUGCCCCGUGAAUGAGACAGUCACAGGGAAGUGGCGUGGGUCUCAUAUCGUGGGCUUGCUGACCACCUUGAACUUCGGAGAUGAUCCAGACAAGAACAAAACCCAGGCCUUCCAAGCCACGGUCCUUGGUAGUCAGAUGGGAUUGAAAGGGUCUUCUGCAGGAGAGCUAGUCCUCAUUACAGCCAGGGUGACCACAGAAAGGACACCAGGAACCUGCCUGUAUUUUAGUGCUGCUCCAGGAAUCCUGCCUUCCAGCCAGCCACCCAUAUCCUGCUUGGAGGAGGGAGCAGGAAAUGCCACCCUGAGCCCUAGGAUGGCUGAAGAGUGUGUCAGGGUCUGGAGCCACGAAGGCCUUGUACUCACCAAGCUGCUCACCUCGGAGGAGCUGGCUCUGUGUGGCUCCAGGCUGCUGGUUUUGGGCUCAUUCCUGCUUCUCUUCUGUGGCCUUCUCUGCUGUCUCACUGCUAUGUGCUUCCAUCCCCGCCGGGAGUCCCACUGGUCUAGAACCCGGCUCUGAGGACACUGGCAUAGUUCCUGUCUUGUUCUCAGGUGUGAAUCAACUUCUUGGGCCUUGGUCCUGAGUUGGAAGAGAUGUUACAAAAAGUGGAAAGCUGGAAUGUGGUGGAAAAUAAAAGGCUUUUUUGCCCAA